AUGGCGACCGAGUUGACCGUCCAGUCGGAACGUGCUUUCCAAAAGCAGCCGCAUAUCUUCCUCAACUCCAAACAAAAGUCCAAGAGCAAGAAGGUCGGGAAGGGAGGCCGAAGAUGGUAUAAGGACGUUGGUCUGGGUUUCCGUACCCCAAAGACUGCCAUUGAGGGAAGCUAUAUCGAUAAGAAGUGCCCUUUCACCGGCCAGGUUUCAAUUAGAGGCCGCAUUCUCACUGGUACCGUCGUCUCAACCAAGAUGCACCGAACUAUCAUCAUCCGUCGCGAAUACCUCCACUACAUCCCCAAGUAUUCCCGAUAUGAAAAGAGACACAAGAACAUUGCCGCCCACGUCUCCCCAGCCUUCCGUGUUGAGGAAGGUGACCAAGUUACUGUUGGACAGUGCAGACCUCUGAGCAAAACUGUCCGAUUCAAUGUCCUCCGCGUCCUUCCCCGUACUGGUAAGGCCGUAAAGCAAUUCGGAAAGUUCUAA